AUGACGGUCCAUCAUCAUCAGAACCACCACGUGGCGGCUCAGAGCGGCGUCACCGUGGCCAAUAACGGUCUGAAUCUGAGCAGGAUGUCCGGUCUCGAGGCGCACAGGUUGGAGAACAUCGUGGAGAGGAAUGGAGUCAGCGUGGAACGUCUGUCGAAUGGGCUCGACGCCAGGAACAACAAUCACGGUAACAACAACGGGCCGGAACGCGGCACCUCGACCACGAUGCCGCAACGAUCGCGAUUUAUGAUCACCGAUAUCCUCGGUGGAGCGUCCAGCAAGAUGCAUCAGGCGGGCCUGCAGAGCCAAGAACCGCCCGGGAGUCCGCCCUCGACACCGAGGGACCUCAGUGUCAGGCAUCAGUCGAGGACAUCCUUGAACAAUAGCAACCUCGACGAGGACAGCGACGCCAGUCAUCACGACGGUGCUUCCGUUACUUCCAAUGGCGGCAAGGAGGACGAUCCAAAAAGUUCCUCGUCCAGCACGCUGAGCUCGACGCAGAGCAAGAAGCAACGAAAGGCGCGCACGGCUUUCACGGAUCAGCAGCUGCAGACCCUCGAGAAGAGUUUCGAGCAUCAGAAGUAUCUGAGCGUGCAGGACAGGCUGGAGCUGGCUACGAAGUUGAAACUGACCGACACCCAAGUGAAGACGUGGUACCAGAACAGAAGAACGAAGUGGAAGAGGCAGACGACCGUGACCUUCGAAAUAAUGGCGGAGAACCAUUUCGCGGUUGCGGCGUUCCAGCAGCUGUACGGAAGGGGCGCGACAGCGGUGCCUGCGCAUCCCGCGGCAGGACGAUACUGGCCGUACCCUAGCGCACACGCGCUGCCAACCAACGGGCUGUUCUAUCAGCAAGCAUCGGCCGCUGUCACCCUGCAGAAACCCCUGCCCUACAGACUCUACCCGCCGACGAUGGUGUUGGCAGGACCCAGCAACCCCCUCGGAUCCCUCACGGCCAGUUCCAGCCUCUCGAAUCUGAGCAACUAUUACAGGGACAGUCCGGAGAUGACGGACGGCAGAGACAGAGAGAACAUGGAGAGAUCGUUGAGGCAAAGGGACCGAAGCAAAAGUCCCGUGCUGAGCGACAGGUCGCCGAUGAUGAAAGAGGAAAGACUGUACGCGCCCACGAUGGUUCAAGCGGGCUCGAGCAACAACCUUGGCACGCUCACGGCUAGUUCCAGCCUGUCGAACCUGAGCAACUACUACAGAGACAGUCCGGAAGCGGUGGACGAGCGAGAAAGGGAAAACAUGAACAGAGCCUCGAGACAAAGGGACAGGAGCAAGAGUCCGGUGUUGAGGGAAAGGUCUCCUAUGUGCAAGGACGACAGACUCUACCCGCCUACGAUGCUCCAGGCUGGACCCAGCAACACCAUCGGCUCGCUCACCGCCAAUUCCGGCCUGUCGAAUUUGGGCAGCUAUUACAGGGAUAGUCCGGACAUGAUCGAGGGUAGGGAACGGGAACAUUUGAGCAGGCCGUCGAGGCAGAGGGACAGGAGCAGCAGCCGUUCGCCCAAGAGGGAGGACAGUCCUCAGAGUAUACGGGCGGACAGCGACGACGAGAGCAUACACGACAUCUAGGACACAGACGAACCGAGGGAAUCGUUGGAAGGAAGCUACGCGGAGAUGGACAAAGAUCGGUCGAGUUCUCUCGACGAGGACUACCAUUGAGAACGAUCUCGGACGAAGCUUCGAGCUUCGAGGCAAGUCGGAGAAGAAUAGCCUCGAUUUCCAGCACAGUCGCGAUAU